AGCUAACUUCUUCCCAGCUCCACUCGCUCACCUAUUUGAACUGAAACACUCUUUCUCAGAAACGGAGGACCAACAUAUUGGAAUAUAUCAGGCCUCAGUUACACUUUUUAAACUUUUUACAUGGCUUUUUUUCUCCUUUUAGUGGAAGCGCUCACUGGGCAGGAAAGGAAUCUUCUAGUUUCUUAAAACUGCGCUCAUUUUACUUAUUUUUUAUUCUUGCUCCCGGGUUUCUUUCCAUGCAUGCGAUGUCACGGAGUAAUAAAAGAAGAAAGAAAUGUUUGAUUUCUUAUCCAAUGGUUCCCAGUGAAAGUUGUUUUUGAGUUUAUUUUAUUUUCAUUUUUUUUUUCCUCCAAGAAACCAGUUGAGCUGCUGAGGACAGGACUUUAUAAUCAAUGUGGUGUCAGCUGGAAGGACGAGGGGUCCGGAUCUCACCUAAACGUCACUCAAGUGAGGUGAGAGCUACCGAGUCCCAGCCCAACCCGCAGCUGAUACGUCCUGGGAGUGAUGCACUGGCUUCCCCUGGUUGCCAUGGUGAUCGCCUCGGCCCUGCCCUUCCCUCAUAACCCCGCGACGACGCAGCCCGGCUCAGGCAGCCGCAGAGAGCACCGCCGUGACCCGGCCUCCUUCCUCCCGGCUCCGUCUUUGGACUACGGCCUUGGAGGAAAUGCCUCUCGCACAGACAGCAGCAGAAAAAGCCAAAAAGAUUACAUUAAUCUCUCAGUUCAUAGAGAGACCUCCACAUCCAGAGGGGAGGAUCAGAUAGCCUACAAAACUUUUAGCAGCUCAGCCAGCAGGGACAAAAUCAGCCUGGAACCACUCAGGACUGAGGAAUCUCCGGAGGAUAAGUCUCUACCAAAGGACUACAAAGCCAGCAGGAAGGAGGAUUCAAAAAAAAUGGCCCAACAGGACUCUACGGGUACACCAUUGCUUCCUUCAGGGCAACUAAGAGACACAUCGACAUCCAGUACAGGAGCCACAAUGGUUCCUGCUGAGGACGGUCUGACCCUGGAGGCUGGGCUAGGUCUGGGGGUCGGGAUGGAAAGCCUGUUGGAGAUAGAUGAGAUGUUUCUGGACGCUCACCCCAGAGUCCUUUUCUCGCCCUCUCCAUCACCUCCAGAGCAUCCGCCGCUCCUGCUGAUGUUGGAGAAUGGCCUUAUGGACGAGGAAGGCGGAGAACUAGAGGAGCAGGAGGAUGCGGACGGGCGCAUCGAGGGCCAUGGCGACCGAGCUAACGACCGAAGCACGACGACUCCAAGUUGGGCAAACUACUCCAGAAGAAAGGACGAGGACCGUCCUUUUAAACGCAACAAGCGGUCACACCAGAAGGACAACCGGACGGGCGAGAAGUCUGUGUGCGAUUCGGAAAGCGUUUGGGUGACCAACAAAACGACCGCCAUAGACACUUACGGCAAGGAGGUCACCAUCCUCCAGGAGAUCCAGACGCAGACUGGACCUCUCAAACAGUACUUCUACGAGACCCGGUGCCGCCAGGCCGAUCAGCGCAGCAGGUCAAGCAUCACGAGCGAAGGGGGGUCAAGAUCCGCGGGGACGGGCGUGGCUGGGGCCGGCUGCUUGGGCGUGGAUACAAAACAGUGGAAGAGCGUGUGCAAAUCGAGGCAGACGUAUGUCCGGGCCCUCUCCAAGGACGCCAACAACAGGAUGGGAUGGAGGUGGAUCCGAAUAGACUCAUCCUGCGUCUGCGUGCUGCUGUCCAGAACUUAUAAGGGGGGGAAGGAGGUCUUGCCGAGACGGGGGAGAGUCUAACACAAGCAAGGAAGGGAGGGGAUGGCAGAGCAGCUCAGACAUUAUCUGUCCACACAUUUUCAAAUGUCUCCUUCCUCCAUUUUAUGACUAUUACCAGAAAACAAGAAGACCUCAAUGCUAGAUAUUUUUAGGGAAAACUGUUACAUAGACAUUUUACAUCAAGAAGUACUGUUUUUGUAUGUUUUAUCUUUCAUAACCUAAGUUAUUUUUGACUAGUAUGUAAGCAUGUCUUUGAUAUUAAUAUAUUUCCUGAUGUGUCCACAACAUGAAACCAGUAUACCUUUUUCUGUAUCUCAGUGUGUAUUUAUAGAAGACGUCUUUAUGCAGUUGUAGCUCUCUCUCUGGUGUCUGAUGAUAAUUCCAGCCUCUGGUCCGCCACCUUGUGAAAGCAAAGAGCGCCACCUACUGAGAUUCCAUUUCCCUGCUCCUAACUCUUACAGCUGUGGGUGAAUGUUACAGGUUCCUUCUGUGGGACCCACCUGGGUUGUAAAUUAUGUGGCACCUAGAGAAGAUCUGAUGACAUAUGAUAAUAAAAGAAAUUUGUAUGUAGAUUAUUCAAGUGCAGCUUUGAUGCAUUUAUAUUCAAAAUAUCUUUUGUUUGUUUGAUUCUUUAAAGUAGGAGAAAAUGCACCUUUUAAAAUGCAAACUGGGAAUAGCUGCUAAAUUAUUGAAAUGACUAAACGUGGUGAUGGCUUUCAUUAAAUAAUAAUGUAUUCUUAGAUUUGAUAGGAAUAAAAUAUGUGGUAUAAAAACUUAUAUACGAGUAAUCUAAUAAAAGAUUUUAGAAUUGU